GCUGUCAAAAUAACGAGAAGGAAGGUGAAUCCAUUGCGAUUUUAUUAAAUUUAUUGCCGAGUUAUUUCUUGCCUGUGAAUGGUGUUAUUCCGUAUGUGAAAGUUAUUUGAAAAAAAUUUAUGUGAAACCCCAUUACAUGCAUAGGCUUGUAUUUAGUGACCAAAAUGUGGGACUCGCCAUACUUAACUUGUUUGGUUCUGUAUAUAUUUUCUUUCCAAAUUAUCGCCACUAACUCUCGCACUUCGAAUGUUUGGAAACUUAGUGUUGAAGAAGACCAAAUCGUUGACGGAACCAUAAUAGCCCAGGAUGUGGAUGCUGUUGACAAACCCCCAAUGACUGAAGAUGACUCUAUUUUCAACAUUAUAACUUCAACAAUCUACUAUGGUAAUACUUGGACAAAACUUGGAUUUGAUAUGUUUUGUACAGACUGCCAAAUCUAUGAACAACAAAGAACUGGGCCUGAAAAUGGUGAUGAGUCUACACCGGCUGAAGUAAAUGGUGAAGCUGAUGAUGAAUAUUUGGACUGCGGCAAGGCUGUCAACUUCACAUAUUACGACAACCUGGUGGGGGUAGCUCGACGACAUCGACAUCCCAAUGUACCAGAGCCACAGGUAGCUCUUAUAUUCACAAAGAAGAAAUCAUACAAAAAUGGUGUGACUGAGUUAGACAUAAACACACUGGAGAAGCGUCUGAAGAAGGCGAAGCGUGAGAAACCGAAGUCUGUGCAGCUUUACAACCAAAUUGGGAACUUUUGGAGGAUCAAGGGGGACACGAGACAGUCCAUUGAGUGCUUCAGGCGAGCUCUCGCCGUGUCUCCUUACAAUUCAGAGGUGCUGCUAAACCUGGCCCGAGUGCUAUUCACCCUGCAGUACCUGGACGACGCCAUCUACCUGACGCGCCGCUCACUCGAGGUGCAGCCGCCGGACCGCAGCGCUUGGCAACAGUACUUCACGCUCGGCGAGAUUUUCAAGGCUUACGGACACUAUCAGGAGGCAGCAGUGCAUCUCCGGCACGCUUUGGACUUGCGGCCAGACUUCGAACCGGCGCUAGCGGCUCUCAAGGACAUCGAGAAUAUACCGGAAGCUUCUGUUCACGUGUACACGCUACUCAUCAUUGUGUGCUUGGUGAUGGGCGUUCUCCUAGUAAUCCUAUCGUCGGUGGACAACGGCGGUGAUACAGAAGAACACAAGACCCAACGACACUUCAACCGCGCGAUGGCCAUGCGCUCCCUGCGGGGCGUGGCAUUGGGGGGGGCGCGGGGCCGGAAGAAAGGCUUCUAAAUAGCGUCACUUCUAGCGGCCAUAGACCGAGUUGUGAUCUCGAAACAAAAUUAAUGUUUCAGUAUUACUAUGAAAAAUAACGGUUUUGAACCACUAUGAUUUCCUUUAUGAAAUGGCAAGCCAAACUAUUUUUCCGAUCAAGAUCAUAUCCAAGUCAAAGUUGCAAAUGCUGCAGCUACGGGCAAGCUGAUUUCACUUUUGACCUUUGUGAUUUAGGACUCAAAAUCCUAUAUAACCAGAUGCCUGAAAUUUUAACCAGCAAUUUACUACUAAAUUAGAAGUCUUCCGUGUUUUCCACAUUUUGUUGUAAACAAAUGAGAUCAGCAACUCGGGAGUCCAAAUGGCUCGCUUUAAUUGCUUAUAAAAUGCAAAUUUUGAAAGUGUUUUGUAUAUUGCUACUAAUGUCUACUGACGUGAUAACUAUUAACAUUGUGGUACUGUUCCUUAGAAGUUCAACAUUUGAUUUCUUUAAAUUUUAAAUGAAGCGACUGCUGUUACUUUAGUUUUUUUUUAUUGUUUUGACAUGUCGAUAAAUAAAAAUACAGCCGCAGAAAUGGUGUAACUGAACAGAUUUUGUUGUAAUUUCAACGAAUUAAAAUCAAAAUUUGAACGUAAGAACCAGUACCAUCAGUGAGAGGCUAAUGUACAAAUAUUUUACGUGAAAGCGACCAUAAGGUCUUGCCAUGUCUCAUUUGAUCUCUGCUUGUAGUCCGUCGUCAUGUUGUUAUCGUGGUGUUUCCUUUAGCAGUUUGGAAAGUGUAAUUUUUACGGCUUUUCCUUAUAUUUACAAUUUAUAAAAGUCUACAAUAAAAUAUCCCUUCCGUUCUCGUUUAAAUAUUUGUAUUGUAAGGUAAAUGUUCUGAUUUUGAAACUGAAAAUGCUUUAUGAGCAAUAAGUAUAAAAUAAUAAAAAUAUAUUUGUAGCUAGUAAUAAUAAGUAUCUGCAAUAUGAAGGAAAGGACUUCGUAAUGGAAAUGCUUGGUAAACUAUUAUCAAAAUGCCAGCUUCUUAAAAUCCAUUUGAUCGACCGUUUAGGUCCUAAAUUACUCUGUAAACGCCGAUUACAGGACUCAAACAUAUGGACAAAAACGAAAUAUAUCUUUGAAAACUGAUUUAUGAGAAAAUCGGCAUUUUGCAUUAAAUUAAAUUUCUGCAUAAAAAUUGACUAAGCUGCUAAAAAACUCGCAAGUAACAGGAUAGCUGUGACAUUAUCAAUGGCAACUUUGCAUCGAGAGUAUCACUUUUGCAACCUAGUCAUUCACUUAGACAAGUUUGGCCCGGGAUGAGCCCGGGCGUGUGUAAUUCGUAUUGUAGUGCAUGCAAAGUAAACUUGUUAAGUGUUCGUAGCUUCUAAGGAUUAAAAAGGGUGGAGCAAAUCUUAAAAUUCUGAGAUUGGUAAAAAUGUACCUGUUUUCAGUGGUUCUUUUGUUAAUUUUUUGACUAUUUAUAAAACUUAAUACAUGAUUAUCUUAGUAUCAAA